AUGUCCACGGACCAGCCCGAGUAUCCCGAGGCGGAGCUGGUGACGGAGGCCGGGCCGCAGUGGCUCAAGGCCGAAGUGGAGCGACUUUCCCGGGAGCUGCGCGACACCAGCCGGGAGAAGAUCCAGGCUGCGGAGUAUGGGCUGGCGGUGCUGGAGGAGAAACAGCUGCUGCAGCAAAGAUAUGAGGAGCUGGAGACAGAACACGAGUCUAUGCGACAGGAACUGGACCAGCUUAAGGACGCCUUUGGACAGGCGCACUCCACACACAGGAAGGUGGCUGCAGAUGGAGAGAGCAGAGAGGAGUCUCUCAUCAUGGAGUCUGCCAGUAAAGAGGCCCAGUACCAGCAGAAAAUCCUGGAGCUACAGAAUGAUCUGCGUCAGACCAAAGCCUCCCUCACUAGCGCUCUGGCUGAGAACGACCGUCUCUCAUCAAUUGCUCUGGAGAUGAAAGAGAAUUUAAACCUUGCAGAUCUGCAGCGUACUCAAAUGCGUGAUGAUAUCAGGGAGUAUAAAGUGAGAGAAGCGCGACUGCUACAAGACUACAGCGAGUUGGAGGAAGAAAACAUUUCUCUUCAAAAGCAAGUGUCUGUGUUGAAACAAAGCCAGGUGGAGUUUGAAGGCCUUAAACAUGAGAUCCGUCGUCUGGAGGAGGACUCCCAGUGCCAGCACAAUCAAAGCGAGGAGUCCAUUCGUCUGAGGGAGAUCGCCGAGCGGCAGCUGGCUGAGGCCUUAGAGACAAUAAAGACCGAACGCGAGCAAAAGGCCAGUCUACGGAAAGAGCUCUCCCACUACAUGACCAUAGGGGGCACUGUCUACAGCAGCUCUUUCAAUAUAUCCAUAGACAACCUGAAGCUUCAUGACGACCCUUCAGUCACAGAGCCCGACAAUGAUGAUCUCAUCCGGGGUUUCGAAAAUGGAUUGGUCAAGUUUGGUGAAGGGGACAAUGACAACAAAAGAGAUGGAUUUAAACCCGCCCCCAGCUUAGUAGACGACCUUCUCAGCGAACUUAACAUAUCGGAAAUUCAGAAGCUCAAACAGCAGCUUGUACAGGUUGAACGAGAGAAGGUUGCUCUGAUCAAUUCCCUUCAGGAGAGUCAGAAGCAUCUGGAGCAGGCCUAUGGCACAGUGUCCGAGCAAAAGGAAACAGUCAACAAGCUGACGGAGAAUCUCAGCGCCAUGCGGAAACUUCAGGCCAGUAAAGAGCGUCACUCUGCUCUGGACUCUGAGAAAGAGCGGGAUAGUCACGACGAUGGAGAGUACUAUGAGUUAGACAUUAAUGGCCCAGAGAUUCUCAAGUGCAAAUAUACUGUAGCCAUGUCCGAGGCAGAAGAGCUCAGACACGAACUGAAGAGUGUUAAGGCAGAAUAUGAUCAGUGUCGAAGCCAGUAUGAGGUGGAGCGAGCUCGACUGGAGGGAACAGUCCAAGAGCUCAGGGCCAGUCUGUCCUCUCUGGAAAAGAUCACUCAGGCAGAUAAAGCCCUGGUUACCCGACUGGAGAAGGAGCUGCGUGUGGCCACUGAGGCUGCAGGAGAGUCGUUAGGAAGCCUAAAUAUUGCCCAGGAUGAGCUCAUAGCUUUUAGUGAAGAGCUUGCAAACCUUUACAACCAUGUCUGCAUGUGCAAUAAUGAAACUCCCAAUCGUGUCAUGCUUGAUUAUUACAAAGAUGGCAAAGCCUUGAUGAGAAGAGGUCAAGAAGGAAAAGAACUCACAAACGGCCUCGCUGAGUCUGCUGCAGAUCAGCGUCCAGAGCCCAUGAACAUCUAUAAUCUUGUAGCAAUCAUCCGGGAUCAGAUCCGCCACCUGCAGCAAGCUGUGGAUCGAACCACGGACCUGUCCCGGCAGAGACUGGCCAAUCUGGAGCUGAGCUCAGUGGCAGACAAGGACAAAGAGGCUUGUAUGGAAGAAAUCCUCAAACUCAAGUCUCUGCUUAGCACCAAACGAGAACAAAUUGCAACUCUUCGAGCUGUUUUAAAGGCUAACAAACAAACUGCUGAGGUUGCUCUGGCGAACCUGAAGAGUAAAUAUGACAUUGAAAAGGUGAUGGUGACAGAAACCAUGAUGAAGCUUCGCAAUGAACUUAAGGCCCUUAAAGAAGACGCUGCCACAUUCUCCUCACUGCGAGCCAUGUUUGCCACAAGGUGUGAUGAGUAUGUUACUCAACUGGAUGAUAUGCAGAGACAACUUGCUGCAGCAGAAGAUGAGAAAAAGACUCUUAAUUCCUUGUUGCGGAUGGCCAUUCAGCAGAAACUGGCCUUAACACAGCGACUGGAAGAUUUAGAGUUUGACCACGAACAAGCUCGUCGAAACAGCGCCACAGUGGCAACCGGCAAGGGCAAAAAGGGAAAAGGAGCCAGCCACAAAGGGAGUGUCCGGACAAAGGGCAGAGAGAGGACUCGGGACUCCACUAUGGGAGCAGACAGUUUUCACGACCAGCUCACGGAGGACAGCACUUUCCUCACGAAUGAACACAGACUAGACACCGAGCUGGUGGACAAACUCAUCUUGCAACUGAACCGGACAUACCCUCAAAUACUUACAGAUAAAGAGGCCACCAGAUUUCGGAACUUGGAUGUUCCCACCAGUGUCUGUAUCGGUGAGCUCUUGACAUAUUUGCAGAGUAAAGGAGAAGAAGCCUGUCGAGAGUUAUACAGAGCCCUGCACUUACACGUAGAAGAGGUGUACUACAGUUUACCUACGCGACUUCGCCUCAGGGAUGCUUUAGAUCCACUGAGAUAUCCGCAAACUCUCCAGCAGAAACAUGUCCUGAACGAUCAAGGGCCUCUUUUCUUCAUUGGUUGUUUUAGCAUUGCAUUGGGAUUGGCAUUAGUCUAUUAUUAUGGAGAAGCUAAACUGACAGGAGGAAGCCGUGCUCUUGGAAUGGCAGCUCUGGGCCUAAAGAAAAGGGCACAAGAGGUUCUAAUAUGGUACACAGAAGAAACAUUCAAGAAAUAA